CCCACAUUGAAUAUAUCCUGGCAGGGUGCAGCGAGGCGAGGCCCUGCAACACUCCCACUUCUUUUCGGCUGGACUUGACUGACUACAUCUGCAAAGAUGAUGAAAGGUAUGAUCAUUAAGAACAUGUCCUUCAAGGUCGGGCAGCACAUGACCAUUGUUGGAGUCGCCAAGCCUGAUGCUACAAAUUUUGCAGUGAAUAUUGGCCCCAGCGAGGAGGAAAUUACCAUGCAUUUCAACCCUCGUUUUAACGCCCAUGGAGACGAGAAUACGGUGGUCUGCAACUCCUACCAGGGAGGGAACUGGUGUGAGGAGCAGCGUGAGGGAGUCUUCCCUUUCCACCUGGGAGAGGAGUUCAAGAUCGUCAUUGAAUUCACCCCUGCAGAGUUCAUACUGAAUUUAUCAGAUGGUUCUACAAUCCACUUCCCCAACCGCAUGGGUGCAGAGAAGUACUCUCACAUCAGCUUCGAUGGCGAGGCCCGCAUCACAAGCAUUGAGAUCAAAUAAACCUCCCAGGAAAUGCAGUUUUUCUUUUUCAAUUUGUCCAGCAUAGCCCCAGCGUUUUAUGUUCCUAAAUACCAUGUAGCAGUAGUGCCUUACAUAUUUUGUCUUAUGCAAGAAUUUAGCAUGUUGACCGGUGCAGAUACAAGCAAAUACACACAAAAAGAUGCAUAAAGAACAUACAAGUCAUAAUGGUCAGAUGUGCAAACAGAAACAAUGUACAUUUUGUAACUGCAUGUCCUUCCUGCACACUUGACAGAGCUGCUGACUGAAAGCAAACCAAACAUGAAGUAGUCCCAAAGCUCAUGUUAUCUGACUGUUAUUUGCUUUGCAGUUUGCAGUGUUUAGCUGAAAAGUGCCACAGAAAAUGCGAUCCAUUGUUCUGGUGCCUUGAAAUGCUGCAUGCUCUCUAGUUUUUCCUACCAGACAUUCCAGAUAUAUAACUGAGUUAAAUGCCUGCCUUUACAACAUGUAUUAAAGCACGUCCUUGAUAAA